UUUCUUUAGUUACAUGUUCGACGAGCCCUCAUCCUACCUGGAUGUCAAGCAACGUUUGAAUGCUGCUAGGACCAUCCGCUCGUUGCUCAAGCCCACCUGCUUUGUCAUUGUCGUCGAGCACGAUUUGUCCGUUCUGGAUUACCUGUCCGAUUUCAUUUGCGUACUCUAUGGUGUCCCCUCGGUUUACGGCGUUGUUACUCUUCCCUUCUCGGUCCGUGAAGGUAUCAACAUUUUCUUGGACGGAAAGGUCCCCACUGAGAACUUGCGUUUCCGUGACGAAUCUUUGACCUUCCGCCUUGCUGAGACUGCUGACGAGCUCCAGGACAUGCAGAACCACCGCCGCUAUAAGUAUCCAACCAUGACCAAGACCCUGGGCGACUUCAAGCUGAACGUUGAGACCGGUCAGUUCACGGAUUCGGAGAUCAUUGUUAUGUUAGGAGAGAACGGUACCGGAAAGACCACUUUUAUCCGCCUCUUGGCCGGUAUCUUGAAACCCGAUGGCGAGCAGUACGUCCCCGAGCUCAAUGUUUCUUACAAGCCCCAGAAGAUCGCUCCCAAGUUUCAGGGCACCGUCCGUAUGCUGUUCUUGAAGAAGAUUAAGGCUGCGUUUAUGCAUCCUCAAUUCAACACCGAUGUCCUCAAGCCCCUUCAGACCGAAGCCAUUAUCGAUAACGAAGUCGGCAACCUGUCAGGAGGAGAAUUGCAGCGUGUUGCCAUUUGCUUGGCUCUCGGUGCCCCCGCUGAUAUCUACCUAAUUGAUGAGCCCUCGGCUUAUUUGGAUUCCGAACAGCGUAUUAUCGCCGCCAAGGUCAUCAAGCGCUUCAUUCUUCACGCCAAGAAGACUGCCUUUAUCGUUGAGCACGAUUUUAUCAUGGCUACGUACUUGGCUGACCGUGUGGUUGUUUACACCGGUAUUCCCUCCGUCGAGGCCACAGCUGGUACUCCUCAGAGCUUGUUGACUGGUAUGAAUAAGUUCUUGUCGUCGCUCGAGAUCACCUUCCGCAGAGAUCCCACCAACUACCGUCCCAGAAUCAACAAGAUGGAGUCUGUCAAGGAUAAGGAACAGAAGGCAUCUGGAAACUACUUUUUCUUGGAGGACUAAAUGCGUGUCCAGGCUGAGAGACUGUUCCUGGGGAUGCGCUUGCGUUGGAGAAGUAGAUGAUGGUGCCGUGCAAGCAGGGCU